UCUCUUUCAUAAUAGUUAUCAUGGCUAGAUUCCACGAAUAUCAAGUGGUGGGUCGCAAGCUCCCUUCUGAGCAAGACCGUACUCCUAAGCUUUACCGUAUGCGUAUCUUUGCUCCUAAUGAUGUUGUUGCCAAGUCUCGUUUCUGGUAUUUCUUGGCCAAGCUUCGCAAGGUGAAGAAGACUGCUGGUGAAAUCGUGUCUGUCAAUGAAAUCUUUGAAAAGCGCCCUGAACAAAUCAAGAACUUUGGUGUGUGGCUCCGUUAUGAUUCUCGCUCUGGCACCCACAACAUGUACAAGGAAUACCGUGGUAUGUCCCGUGUCGAAGCUGUUUCUACCUGUUAUCAAGAUAUGGCUGCUCGUCACCGUUCUCGUUUCGGCAACAUUCAAAUCAUCCGUGUCGCUGAAAUCGCUGUGGCCGAUGUCCGUCGUCAAUACAUUAAGCAAUUGUUGGCUCCCAAGCUUGCUUUCCCCUUGCCUCAUCGUCUCCAACGUGUUCAAAAGGCUCACCGCUCUCUCUUCCAAGCCAAGCGUCCCUCCACUUUCUAUUAGGAACUUAGUGUCAUGUAAAUCUUCUCUUUUUACUUGUCCCUUUAUUAUUCUUUUUGUUAAGAAAUAAAAAAAAUCAAAAUUCAAAGAGUUAGUUGUCAUGGAUUCUAUCUUGUGAUUAUAUGUGUGUGAUGAUAAUAAUGCUGAUG